AAAAAAAAAAAAACCUAGCGAGUUGUUUCGAAGCGCUUAGCUUUGAUUAACGAAAUGUAUUUUAAAAUAAUGUCGUCCUUUAGUUGUUAAGUGAGCUGCUUUGACCAUGGCGCCAAUUAGAAUUAAACAUGUUGUCUCCUUCACGUCAGAGGACCCGAAGCACCGUGUGGUGAACCUGUGUUCCGCCGGGGGGGAGAGCAGCCCGUGGCUGUGCAGUGCAGCCGAGCGGAGCGGCCUCCUGAAAGCCGAACUGCAGCUGGACCGCGCCUCCACCAUCGCCUUUAUUGAUGUGGGUAAUCAUGGCUCCGCGUUCAUUCAGGUGGAUGUGGGCCGUUCUUCAUGGCCUAUAGAUCAUCCUUAUGUCACAUUGCUGCCCACUACGACCCUGAUGAGCCCUGCUGAUUCACGACAAGGCACAGGGAAGCACACUGUGCGCAUGUUCAAAAAAGGUGACUUCUUGCCCCAGGCUGCUGAAGAGAGCUGGGACAGGCUGAGGGUCACCUGCAGUCAGCCCUUCAACAAGCGCAACCAAUUUGGCCUGUCUUUUUUCCGUGUCCGCACUGCUGAUGAACACACUGAAGACCUGUCUGACAAUCAGGAGAACCCAACUACCAAAAAUCAGAGCACACCAGAUAAGAUGUGGUCAAUAAGAGAAUGGAUCUCUAGUCCUCCUGUACAACACACAUUUUUUGGCCAAAAAACAGGAGAAGGCUCUCCAGGAGAACCCACAAAGAAUCAUGGGAAACUGAGCAGGGCAGAGCGCAUGGUGACAGCUGCACAGUCAAUCAGGCGCUCUCUUCACAAAACCUCGUGCAAAGAUUUAAUCAGCAGUAGUGAUAGACAGGAGAGGACUCAGAACCUGCAGCAUGGUUCAGCCAGGACCCCCCAGGCAAGCAGGAGAAGGCUGGCAGCAACACAAGAGCAGGCAAGCAUGUCUUCUACUCCAAAAAGGCAGAGAUGUAGUACAUCAGACAUUACUGCCACCAAGAAGAAAAACAAUGCACACAGACACAGCCCUGUUAAACCUCACGUACAAGCCACAUUGCCAUCAAAGGGCAGCCUAGAUCAUCCUGAACCUCCUGAGACUGUAUGCCCAUUAUGUGGAGUGUCUUUUAGCCCAGACUACCUGCCUCUUCAUGCCUCCUCCUGUCUAGAUUCUAAUUCAAACUUGUUCAUGGAACGAGAGCCUGGAUUGUCAUCGUCAUCUUCCUUUCAGCCAAGUACAGAUGAGCUUAUGGUGCCUUGUCCUCUGUGCUCCUUCAGGUUCCCUAUAGACUCCAUCCAACAGCACGCCAGUACCUGUGGUGACACUUUAUGGACAAAGAACUAUCAUAUUUGUGGCAUGAUGGAGCACCUCACGGCAGAGCAAUGGCGCGAGAUUGUGAACAAAAAGAUGCGCUUUCCCCCGGAGCUCAUCAAUGCCAUUCAUGAGGGGAACGUGUCUGUAAUCCAUAGUUUGCUCAGGACCGGCGACGGCAUCAUCCGCCAGCUGGAAGACUCAGAAGACAGGCAGUGGAGAGAAGCGUUGAACCUGUCCAUCCGCCUGGGAAAUGAGGAUGCCAUGACUACCCUACUACACGGGGUCAAGUUUGAUUUCCGGCAGAUCCAUGAGGCUCUCUUGGUGGCUGUUGACACCAACCAGCCACGUGUUGUGAAGCGCCUCCUCGACCGGCUCGAUCAAGAGAAAGGCAACAAGAUGGAUGUGCACUCUUUCAACCAGGCCAUUUUCGACCAUUCCAUUGAUGACUCUCACUUUGCCCCCGGGGUGACGCCGUUAACGCUGGCUUGCCAGAAGGAUCUAUACGACAUUGUGACCAUGCUCACACAGAAGGGCCAUAUCAUCCCAUGGCCUCAUAAGGUCUCCUGUACUUGUCUUGAGUGCCGGAAUGGGCGCCAGUAUGACUUGCUCAAGUUCUCGCUGUCACGCAUUAACACCUACCGUGGCCUUGCCAGCCGGGCGUACUUGUCCAUUACUGCUGAGGAUGCCAUGUUGAGUGCCUUUUAUCUAAGCCGGGAUCUUCGCAAACUCUCUAAGAGGGAGCCAGAAUUUAAGCCGCAGUACCUUGCGCUCGAGGAGCUCUGUCAGGAGUUUGCUGUGGAAUUGCUGGGAAUGUGCCGUAAUCAGAGUGAGGUCACCACCAUCCUCAACAACUGUGGGUUUGAAGAUGCAGAUAGCCGAGAUGAGCUGGAUAAACACUCGUUCGAAGAAGGCAUACCAAACCUGGCCCGGUUACGACUUGCUGUAAACUACAACCAAAAACAGUUCGUAGCCCACCCAAUCUGCCAGCAAGUUCUUUCAUCUAUCUGGUCUGGAAACUUAUCUGGCUGGAGAGGCAGCAGGACAAUCUGGAAACUCCUGGUGUCUGUGGGGAUUUUUCUCACCAUGCCUUUUCUGUGCCUCAUUUACUGGAUUGCACCGAAGUCAAAGGUGGGAAAGAUUUUGAAGAUUCCAGUGAUUAAAUUCAUCCUUCACUCUGCCUCAUACUUAUGGUUCCUCAUCACACUCUUGGCAGAAUCGAUUCUCAUGGAAAAGUUUCGGGACCUGUCUUCGACCAGGCACCAGACCAUGGUGCACAACUCUAUCCACAUGAUCUGGGUGGCUGGGUUUUUCUGGUAUGAAUGUAAGGAGGUCUGGAUCGAGGGCUUGAGGAGUUACUUCCUGGACUUGUGGAAUUGUCUGGAUAUGAUGGUUCUCAGCAUGUACCUGGCCUCCUUUGCCCUGCGAGUGGUCAUUCUGCUUAAAGGCUACCUUCUAUGCCAGUCACUUGAAACUAUGGAAGAGUGUUGGUACUUUACAGAAACUGCCCGUACAGACUGGCAUCAGGAGGACCCCCAGCUAAUAGCCGAAGUGCUCUUUGCUGUCACAAGCAUGCUGAGUUUUGCACGUUUGGCCUACAUCCUGCCUGCACAAGAGUCCCUGGGAACCCUGCAGAUCUCUAUGGGAAAGAUGAUUGAUGAUAUGAUGAGAUUCUUGUUUAUAUUGAUGAUCAUUGGUACAGCCUUUCUGUGUGGCAUCAACAAUGUCUAUGUAUCUUACACCAACGCUACUCAAGUCGGAAGGCUAAAUGAGACCUUCCAGUUCCUGUUCUGGACAAUGUUUGGUGAUAUUAAUAAGCAAUACGUAGAUAUGCCUGAUUAUGUUUUAGCUCAGUUUGUAGGCAGAAUCCUAUACGGGAUCUUUUCACUACUGAUCGUCAUCGUGCUGCUCAACAUGUUCGUUGCUAUGAUCACAAACUCUUACCAAAAGAUUGAGGAUGAUGCGGAUGUGGAGUGGAAAUUUGCUCGCUCUAAACUCUAUCUAAACUACUUCAGAGAGGGACUCACCAUGCCUGUUCCCUUCAACAUCAUUCCAUCACCAAAAGCUUUCUUUUACCUAAUACGAAAACUCUGUUGCUUUUGCAACUUUAAUUCGCCCCCGGACUAUCCGCCCAUCGGCUCUGUGUCUAAUGAGACAGAAGAUAAGGUUUCGUACAGAAAUCAAGUGAUCCGGGCUUUAGUGCAGCGUUACAUUGAGUCUGCCAGAAGAGAGUUUGAAGAGGCGAGGCGCAAAGAUGUUGGCAACCGGAUCACAGAGCUGAGUAAAAUGGUUGGACACUUGCACGGAGAGAUGAAGCAAAUUCACCAGACGCUGUUAGACAUAGAGGAGAACCGACUGAACCCUUCAGAACGAAACACUUCCUCCAUCAUAGGGAAGUACAUCCAGGGAGCCAAAAACAACUUCCGUGACUUUAACAGCAUCAUGUCUUCAGAAAGCAAAAGUGCCCCCUUGCUUGCCAACGUCCACAAUCCGAGUUCCAAAGAGGAGAUAAAAGACUCGACUGAGAGAAUUGAUAAGGCUAAGCUAGAGGAGGAGGGAGCAGAUGAUGAGAUCAGGGAACAGGAAGAUACAACAGGUGAUGAAGGUACGGUAGGGGAGGACGGAGAUGGUGAUAAACUUGGAGAAGUGAAUAGUAAUGAUCAGACUGUGGUUGAAGAUGAAACGACAAAGAUGGAAGAAGGGAGAGUCAACGAAGGGAAAGAAGAAUCACUGAAUGGCAGCAGUGGCUCUCAGGACACAGGGUUUGGUUCUGAGGAAUCAGAAUUCUCCGCUGGUAGUCCUGAGUAA